AUGCCAUCCAAAGAGUCUUGGUCAGGGCAAAAAGCUAAUAGAUCUGCUGUUCACAACUCGAAACAGGAGAGCCGUCAAAGAGAUUUAUUGAUGGCAGCUUUGGGAAUGCGACUGGGCUUUCAAAAGUCGUCUGCCACAAUCUGGCAACCUCUUAAACUCUUUGCUUAUUCGCAGCUGACAUCGCUUGUCAGAAGAGCAACUCUGAAGGAAAAUGAACACAUUCCAAAGUAUGAGAAGGUUCACAGUUUCAAGGUUCACACAUUCAGGGGACCACACUGGUGUGAAUAUUGUGCCAACUUUAUGUGGGGCCUCAUUGCUCAGGGAGUGAAAUGUGCAGAUUGUGGCUUAAAUGUUCACAAGCAGUGUUCCAAGAUGGUCCCCAACGACUGCAAGCCGGACCUGAAGCAUGUCAAAAAAGUAUACAGCUGUGAUCUGACCACGCUAGUAAAAGCACACUUCACAAAAAGGCCAAUGGUUGUAGAUAUGUGCAUUAGGGAGAUUGAAUCUAGAGGACUCAAUUCUGAAGGGCUCUACAGAGUGUCUGGAUUCAGCGAACUGAUUGAAGAUGUCAAAAUGGCUUUUGACCGAGAUGGGGAAAAAGCAGACAUUUCUGUGAAUAUAUAUGAAGAUAUCAAUAUUAUCACAGGUGCACUUAAACUGUACUUCAGGGAUUUGCCGAUUCCUCUCAUCACAUAUGAUGCCUACCCAAAGUUUAUGGAGUCUGCAAAAAUCACAGAUCCUGACGAACAGCUGGAAAUACUUCAUGAAGCACUGAAACUGCUGCCGCCAGCACACUGUGAAACGUUACGGUAUCUCAUGGCACAUUUAAAAAGGGUAACGCUUCAUGAAAAGGAGAAUCUCAUGAAUGCAGAAAACCUCGGCAUUGUGUUUGGACCGACGCUUAUGCGAGCGCCAGAGCUGGACGCCAUGGCUGCCUUGAACGACAUCCGUUACCAGAGACUUGUGGUGGAGAUGCUUAUAAAGAACGAAGAUAUUUUAUUUUGAACUACUUGUUUGUGAGGUGGUGCGUGCACGAGAGUGGUUUUAAAAAAUGGACAUUGGCAAAAAAAAAAGUUUCCGGGGAUGAUGAAGGAAUAUUUGGAAGUAAUUGAGCCAGCUGGUGUAGCUGAAUUCCUUAGUGUGAGGUGUUGUUGUAUGGAAGAUGCUUAAUGGCGUUGCUUCUGUGGCUCCAUUCCAGACAAUGCUGGGGAAAAGUUAAAGACAUCCUCUGCUUUCCUGCCCUAGUAGUUUUGGUGUUUCUUCAGGGUACAGGAAACUCGAGCUUGUAUGAUCUGCUCCUCGCUGUCCCACUUUGGCGUGGCUUCUGCUACAAAGGACAACACAAGAACAGCACUGCAUCUGUGCUCUGGAGUAGUCUGUGGUUGUACUUUGGCAUGUUUCACAGUGUAACUCUGUUGUGGAUUCGUUUUUUAUGUUCUGUAUAGGUUUCAGAGAGGGAAGAAGACUGCGGUGAAGCAGAGCCUCUAGCUGUUCAUCCACUGUGUAUCAUUCUCUUUCCUACUCUGCAGGAUAAUUUCAUCUUAGGUUCUGUAACCUCUUGGGGGGUUUUGGUAGUACAUUUUCUUGUGCCAAAAAUUAUUUCGAUUGCCACUUUUUAGGUAAUGCCUUUUCUCAUGGCUCUGGUUGAAGAGGGCGA